AUGUAUGUUUAUCAAUUAAAAUGUGUGCUAUAUACGCCUCACUUCAGUCCAGCUACUGACUUGUGUAAGACAGAUGCACUACCGAAUAUCUCAGUACCCUAUGUUUAUGAUGUACAAAAGAGACUUGGUAAGAUACCCCAACAUACGCGAAUCUCACCGUUGCCCAACAACAAACGACGAUCUUCCUCAAUAACCCCUACUAGUAGUACUGUAAUUCCUCAUGUGCCACCAACACCAGCUCAAACAUACCCUUCUACAACAACAACAGUUAAUAAUCCCUCUGCUUCAGCAGACACGCUGAAUACAACCUUAUCGUUAAGGGCUUCAGAAAGACCUGUUCAGCAGCAAGAAAUGCCGAAAAGCGCAUCAUGUCUAGACUGUCAUCCCGACUUUCGUUUAGGCACCAUUCAAAUCGAUGAUACUAAUCUUGGAGACGGCAUCGUUUACCUUUAUCGUGGCGCAGAACCCCUCACUGUGGCUUCUGAACCCAGAAGCGACACAUUUGAAGAGGAAUUGUUGAUGAGUACCAUCACUGAAAGCAGCAAUAGAGUGAUAUGUGUAUUAGCCGUUCCAGCCUAUAUGACGCAUAAAGACACAAUGAAUUUCUUCAAAGAUGUUGAUGCUCAAUUUCAUUUUAUUCACGAUGGCUUUGUCAACAGGUAUAUGGCUUUACUCAAGUUUACAAAUCUCGUAGAAGCGUUCAAAUGUUAUCAAAAGUAUAAUGGGCGACGAUAUAAUAUGACAGAGCCGGAAAUAAGCCAACUUGUAUUUCUAAAGGCAUGUGAAAUCUCAACGUACAAUGACAGAAAAGCAGGGAACGAUUAUCCAUAUAUGACUGUCACAACAGCAACAGCUAUGGACGAUUGGGUGGAGCUACCGACUUGUCCUGUAUGUUUGGAACGGUUGGAUGAAAGUGUAACUGGACUGAAGCACAUAAAGUGUUCACACAGUCAACUACAAUGUCAAUGCUUGAGCGGUUGGACUGAUACGAUAUGUCCCGCCUGUCGCCGAUUGCGGCUUCAACAGUUGCAGGUGACUGAAAAUGAGAAUAGUGAAGCGGGUGAUAUUUGUUUUGAAUGUGAAUCAAAAGAGCCACCCACUCGGCCCAACCAGAAUGUAACUUUCUCCUCUAUAUGGAUUUGUAUUAUAUGUGGCCACAAAGGAUGUGGACGCUAUCAAAAAGCUCAUGCUUAUGAUCAUUAUACAUGUACCAGACAUACUUUAGCCAUAGCAGUAGACUCGCAAUAUGUUUGGGAUUAUCACGGUGACAAAUAUGCACACCGUUUGAUACAAACCGAACAGGGUCAUGUCAUCGAAUUACCUUCAUUGAAACGACAGCAACAGGAACACCAACAGCAAUUCCUUCAACAAACAGAUGCAGGCAGCAGGGGAACAGAUCAAAACAAAACUGAAGAGGAAGAGAAAAAUGCAAAUCCAUGGUAUGCCCAUGCUUUUACGCUCGAUAGCGGUAGUAGCAGCAAUAUAGAUAGUGAUGCUGUUGUCAGUAAAAUGGACCGCUUGGCAAGCGAAUACUCUAUUACGGCUGCAACACAGUUAGAUUCCCAACGCAUGUAUUAUGAAGAACAGCUUGAUUUGAUUCGUGGAAAACUGAUCACUCUUGAAAAAGAAAUCAGUUUGCGCAAACAGCGAGUUGAAGAAGGAAAAGAAAGUAACCAAACAUUAAUAGAAAGACAGAAAGUAGCUACAGCUCAACUGGCGCAUGUUGAGAAAGAGAAAAGCAAGUUAAAUCGAAGAGUGAUGAUACUGAAACAUAAGACAGAGCAAUUAGUGAAGCAGUUGAAUGAAGAAUUACUGUUGACAAACUCCUUGGAAAAGAAACAAGAGUCUCUACGGCAACAAAUAGCAAAGAAAGAAGAUACUGUAAAUCUAUUAACUGAAAAGCUUGAACAUUUAAUGAACCAACUGUGA